GAACACCAAAGAUAAGAAGAAGAAGAAGAAGAAGAAGAAUAUCUUCCAAACUUCCAACAUCACCAAUAAACCGAGGACUAGAACCGAACUGAAACAUGUCUUCAGCACAGACAUUUUCAGAUCUAGACCCAAACAAGCACAAACGUGUGUCCGUCAAGUCCAACCCCGGAUUCCUGGAGCGUUUAGGUGAAACAGCAGGGGGGACAGUCUUGGGCAUAGGACUGUUUUUCCUUUCGAUUUAUGUUCUCUUUACCAAUGAGGGACGGGCUCUGCGAACAGCAUCUUCUCUGGAUGAGGGUUUGUCUCAAGUCGUAUCGUUGGAGUCUUUCUCCAGCCUCAACCAACAGAACAACAACCAUUUAGUUCAUCUGUCUGCAAAGCUUCACACCUCACAGCCCCUGUAUGACCCCAACUACAGAGUGGAGGUGCAGGCGGUGAAGCUGCAGAGGCAGGUGGAGAUGUAUCAGUGGGUGGAGUACCAUGACAGCAAGGACUACCAGGAGAAUGGCGAGACCAAAACUGAGACGACAUACACCUACAACACCGAGUGGAAAUCAGAGCUGAUCAACAGUCGUAACUUUGACAAGGAAAUUGGUCACCAGAACCCAAGUGCCAUGGCGGUGGAGAGUGUCACAGUGGUGGCUCCUGAGGUCAGAGUUGGAGCUUUCAUUCUCUCCAAAGGCCUUGUGGAGCAGAUUAAUGACUUCCAGACGCUGAGUUUGAAGGAUUUUCCCGCCUCUUACGUGGACCCUUUUCUAUCCAUUGAUGACGAUUACUUCUAUCACACUCAGUCCCCUCGCAGGCCGGAGGUUGGGGAUGUGCGUGUAAGAUUUUCCUAUGCUGGACUGAGUGGCGAGACGUCUAUCCUCGGCCCCACUAAAACUGUCAGUGUCGUGGCCAUGCAGAGAGGAGAGCAGCUGAUGCCUUUUAAAACCAGGUCAGGAGACACUCUGGAGAUCUUGUACCAGGAAGAGCUCUCUGCAAAGGAGGUUUUUGAGAAAGAACACCAGUCCAACAGUCUGAAGACGUGGGGACUGAGGGCUGCAGGCUGGGCGCUCAUGUUCCUGAGUAUACAGCUGACCAUGCGCAUCAUCUACACUUUGGUGGAUUGGGUUCCUGUUCUCAGAGAUCUGGUGUCUGUGGGGCUGAAGAUAUUUGCCAUAUGCAUCUCCUGCUCUCUGUCUCUGCUCACCAUCGGAGCAGGCUGGCUUUUUUACCGACCUCUGAUGGCUGUGGCUCUGGGAGCACUAGCUCUGCUUCCGGUGUUUCUCGCCCGCUCAGGGCUUCCAGCCAAGAAAAACGAAUGACUAGUGAAGUGAAUGUAAAAACAUUUCCUGAUGCUCGGCUGUAGCCAUCCAUCAGAGGUGUCAAGCAUUACGUUUCUACUGCAGGGCUACGCACCACACGGUACUCACUUAAGGCAAUAUGGUCACUUUGUUGUGAUCAUAUGUCUUGUUUAAAUAUGUACAAUAGUAGUUUAAAACGAAUUCAUUAAGUGUUUCAACAAGUGAAUAUUAUCAUUUUACUAUCUUAUUUUAUCAUCUUUAAGUAGUUCAUGUGGGGUGUUUCCCUUUAUCAUCCUGAAAUAUAUUUAUGGAUAAAAAAUAAACAACACUCUACACAAGGCUUAUGUUUCCUGUCAGGCAGAAGAGGAGGCUUUAUUGUCGCCUUCUUUUGAUGUUUUUGAUUUAAUUCAAUGUGGCCUGACAAUAUUGUCUCCACCUAUGCAUGUCCUACCUGUUUUCUUCCUUCCUAUUUUGCAGCCAAAAGAGCAGAGAACCAUUUGUACUUUCUUCAUUGUGCACAAUAAGUUCUAUUAUUUAUUGUAAAUUUGAUUCACCGAAGAUCUCUCGCUCUUUUUACCUGUGCAGAUACAGGCUAAUACACAGACCUGCAGUUUUUUCUCGAGGAACUACCUGACCUCCAUACGCAAUCAACCUCUGAUCAGCUGCACCUGUGGGCUCAUUUUCAAAAGCCUGAAUCAAGCUCCUCCCCCUUUUCUCUCAAACUUCAGCUGGGAUCAGAAGCAUGGUUUAUGUCACCAUUUUUCCUUCUCUUUGUGAAUUUGUUUUAAAUUGUUUUGCUAUAAAGAUUAUUUUUUUUGA